CUCUGAUACAUGGCUGUCAUUACUCAGUUAUAAUUUCUGAAGAAUUUUAAGUUCUCUACGAAAAUAUACCAUGGUUUUCAAAUGGAAGAUUGGGUUAAAAUGGAUAAAAUUGCAUCAAAAUGGAUGGAAUUGCAUAAUAUGAAAAAUAUUCAAAUGAAGACAUAAGCAAGUAUUGUAUAACUGCUCAAUACGAGUAUAGAAUCUGCAAGUAGACUGGCCCAAGGCAGAGGAUACUGGCAAAGAACCUUAAGAAGAGUAGGUAGUUGAUCAGCUUGAUGACAACAGUUGAUGACUUCAAAUUGAACACGUUGAACGAUGUUUGGACUAUGAAAAUGAUGAUAAGUAAGCGAGUUACUGCUGAUGCCUGCUUGAUAUAACCAGAUAAUGAUUGGGGAGGAUCCAUCGACACAAGAACUCGUUAAUUGGAAUACUUCAGAAAGGACGGAUAUCCGAAGAUUUCUGAGCAUCGGAUAGUUCGAGUGUUUAAUAAUUCCGAAAGGAAUUCAGGAAUGCCUUUUUGAUUAUGGAAGGAAUAACCAGUAGAAGUUUCUGACAAAGAAAUUUCAACUCCUUCGAGUCAUCAUGCAAAACGUCUCUACAGUGGAAGUUCCUUGUCUAUUUCGGAAAGGAUAUCUCAAUAUCCCACAAAGUUGGCUAAUUUUGACAGAUUAUUAGGGAAUAUCCUAACCUGACCUGCAAAUCUAUAUAAGAGACAACAUACGAUGGACCUCCUUCGCCUCUUGUUCCUACCGAUAAUACUAACGACCCACUUCAACAGAAUAAACUGCGACCCGGACUGUCCGAAAUUCUGCACAUGCAAAUGGAAAAAUGGCAAACAGACGGUCGAGUGCAUCUCCAGAGGUCUCGAAGAAGUUCCGGACCAUCUGGACCCCGCCACUCAAGUCUUGGAUUUUUCCGGCAAUAAACUCGUACAACUCAAAGCCGAACUGUUCGUUAGCAAGAAAAUGGUGAAUCUCCAGCGCAUAUAUCUGUCCCGCUGCUCCAUCUCGACAAUAGAGGACCACGCGUUCAAAGAUUUAACGAAUCUGGUCGAAUUGGACUUGUCGGAAAACCAACUCGGGGCUAUUCCAACCGCCAUAUUCGAAGACAUCCCGUCUUUGAUGCGAUUGAGUAUGAAACUGAACCGUAUAGGAAAAUUGGAGAGUCACGCUUUCAGCCAAUUGUCUUAUCUGACCACUCUGGAGCUCAGCGACUGCGGCCUGGAAGACAUACACGAGAGAGCGUUCGACGGACUUCACAGUCUCGAAUGGCUGCAUUUAGACGGGAAUAAGCUGACGCAUUUGAAGGGAGAACGAACGCUGCCAGACACUCUUAAAGGCGUCGAUCUGUACAACAACCCCUGGGAAUGCGACUGCCAUAUCGCUGAUUUUCACACGUGGUUGGAGAGACUCAGAGUGCCGCUGUCUGUUGAACCCGUUUGUAACGGCCCGCCUAGAUUGGAAGGACGUGUUAUAAAAACUGUGAAGAGUUCUGAUUUGGCGUGUCUCCCUGAUAUCUCCCCAACUACUUUUUUCCUGGAGCUGAGCGAAGGGAAGAAUGUGUCGUUGGUGUGCAACAUCAAGGCGAUACCUGAGGCUAAGGUUUCCUGGUGGUUUCAUGGUCAAAUCUUGCAGAAUAAUUCUUUGGUGGCGCCGGGACUCCACCUGGUGUACUUCGUGGAAGAAGGCGUCGAGAAUAAAAAGAGCGAGUUGUAUUUGUUCAACACUAACGUGAAUGAUAACGGUACGUUUAUAUGCAACGCUGAAAACGCGGCCGGUAGAUCGCAGGCCAACUUCACGAUCAGGGUGAUACUGAAGAAGGAACCGAUAGUGAUAAUCGUGUCGUUGAAGUUCGAAUAUCUGAUGGCGAUCGUGAUCGGCAUCGCUGCCGCCGUAUCUCUGGUCGUCUUAAUCGCCUUACUGCUGAUACUGAAGUGUUUGCGAAAGCGCCGACGGAGACAGAAGGUGAAGACGGAGACUCACAGCAGCCCGGUCGAUCCGAAUAAUACGGUGAAAACCAUACCCGAUCCCAUGGAGAUAUCGACGAUGUACUCGGCGACGGUAAAUAAUACGCCUUGUACAAUACGUGCAGCCGAUAACGUAACAAUACACGCACAGCGUAAGCCGAUACAUCGGCAGAUACCGCUGCAACCCGUGCACAGCCCGCCGUUCCCCGUAAGGUACCAGCUGAAACAGAACCCCGACGUUAUAAACGGGGCCCAGAUGAUGGGAUACAGGGAGAACGGGGACGGGGAAGACGGCCAUAUCCGCAGGUUCUCCGGGAGCGAUCACGCCAGUCUUAACCUGCGUUCGGCGGAUCCCGCCGAGGACUUUGGCGAAGAGGCGAAUCGUCACGCGCUCGAUUCAGACGGAUAUCCCAGCGAUUUCGGGCUGCCGAGGAUGCCACGCAGGGUUAACGAGAAUUUUUAUCGCACCCUGCCCAACAGCAGGAUCAAGUACCACUCGGCGGCUAAUCCAGCGGCGCGGUACUCGCGCGAGGCUGAGUUUUUAUCGCGAUCGACUCAGGCGACGUCUUACGAUCACUUCCACGCGGACAUUCGGUACACGGCCGACGGAUAUCCGGUACGGAUUGAUAAAUACGACUCGUUAUCUUCGUCUUCGCCGCCGGAGAGCUUUAGGAGCGAGUCGGCUGUGCCGCCCAAGAUGGAAUCUUGUUGUCGUACGGACGAUGUGCAUGUGGUGAUGGCGAAGGUGGAAAAACGUUGUGCCAGUGCUCAGACUGAUGAAGAGGUUGAUUUGGGGAACGAUAAGGGGGAAGGGGAUGCUUCCUUGGGAAAUGAGGGUGGAAAUGUUCUUACUCCCAGUCCGGAUGAGGGUUACGGCGGUGAACCUACCGCCGUUUAACAUCUGUCGCGGAGAUCGGUGUGUGCCAAAUCUUGAAGGUUUUCAUGGGACUCUUGAACAGUCGAGAAUCUGAAACUUUUUUCAAGUUCGAAUUGGCUCUGAUCAUAAUCAAAAUGACAGUUUCAAACUGGUAACAAUCAGAAGCAAACUGACAGUUAUCACACCAGACGACUUCAAAAUGACAAUAAACUUUAUUGAUUUAUAAAAUUGAUUUGUCACUAGCAAGAUGAUAAUUCUCAAGAAAACACAAUACAUUAUUCGAAAAAGACGCUUCAAAGAAUAGUGCUACUGCAAAUUUUAAGAGACAUGUUGUGUAUAAUGGCAAAAUAGCUAAUUCUUCGAAAUUCAUUGCACAUACCCAAAGAUUUAUUCCUGCUGCAUUUGAUAUGCAAGAUAUAAUUUUUUGAAUGAUGAUUUAACACUCGUUAAUAGUCUCAAUUGAUAAACAGUUCAAUUUCAAUUCGAAGUCGACUAGUGUGAAUAUGACAUUGACUAUUGACAGUUGCUUUUCAAGUUUGGCAUUGAAGUUGCCAAUUUGAUUUCGAUUUAUGCCAUUUUGAUUAUGAUAAGCGCCAAUUUGAACUUGAAAAGGGAAAGAAACAAUUAAUUUUGAUUGAUUCUGGAGAAGUAUUAGAGUUUCAAUUGACUGAUCUGAAAUUCUCUCUAGAAUGUGCUUAGGGUUGGGGUCACUACAAUUUUGUCCAUAAAAUCUUCAUUGCUUUCAAAUCUAGUUAAAGUAGAGGAAGGUUUGUGAAAACUUUCAGUUUGAAAAAAAUUGUUGCUCACCAAUUCAAAAAUUGCUUUAGGUUGAUCUGUGCGUCCUCAAACACUUUUAAAAGCCAUCUGCCAUUUUAAUCCGAUUUUAACUGAAUGUGGUUCUGUUAAGGCUGUUUAUGCUUCCAUAAGAAUUGAAUCUUAAAGAGGAACACCACCAAGUGACUGCUCAGUUCAAAACGAAAUUAGAGAUAUUUCUUCUCACAAAUCACACUGAUGGGUAUUUGCAUAAUUUUUUUGAAGAUUAUCUACAUUUUAAUAUUUUUAAUUUGCGAAUGAAAAAAAUUAAUUUGGCAAAACACUUAUUUCGUGCAAAUAUACAAAAAUACUCGUAAAAUAUUACCUUUUUACGAACGUAGGAAUUAUUGCAAUAUUCCUAACUUCUACUGAUCAUUGAAUCGUUCUGGAAAUAUUGACAAAUCACGAGAAUGUCACGUGGUGAUGUUCCCUCUCGAAGGCACAUAAUUGUGUUAGAUUGGAAAUAAUAUUAGAGGAUGAGGAUACAUAUUAGCCCACCUUUUUGUUGUGUUUAACACUGUUUGGAAGAAGAUUUUGUCAAUUCCAAGAUUAAAUAUUUAUGAAACUGACAACACUUUUACCUAAAUGGUUGAAAGGAAAAAAGAUUCCAUGUAAAAGAGAGUGAUACCUCGAUGGUGAAUUUAUAAUCUUCAUAUUUCUUUGAAAGCUCAAAAGAUAUCAAAAAUAAUUAUUUGUAGUUUAAAAUCAUAUAUAUGGAGAGUGUUUCGAUGAAUUUCAAAUAAAUUCAUAAACAUAACAUAAGAAUAUAAAUUAGCAAUUAGGUCACCCUAAUUUUCAACGUCAUUGUAUCAAUGGCUAAUAUAUUUUAUAAGUCUGUUAUAUAACUACUAAGAAUUUAUGUACAGUUAUAGGUGUAGAGGUACACUAUCACCAUGCCACUUUGCACGUUUCCUGUUCUCAAACAUUUUUUUUGCAAAUGUGUGGUGUCGUUGUAAAUAUGUAAAUAUCUAUUGGUUUUGUAUUUGCCACUGGAAUAAUGUAUUUCAGAGAGAUAAAUGAACAAACUGAGAAUAAGAACGAAAUGAGAAUUAGAUCACAAUUUUUUUAACACAUUAAUAACAUUCCAUUAUAGGAAAAGGUACGUAAUGAACUCAUUCAAUUUAUUUCAUAUGAAAUUGAGAUGUAAAAAGUCAAAAGUGUUUUUGAGUGUGUACAUACAAAAAUUGAAAUGUUUUCAUUUCAAAUAUAAUAUACUUUUCUCCGGGAAAAGUACUCAGUAGUAGAUAUUGCAUUCUACACAUCUGUAGCGUCAUCUAGUGUCAUUUUAUAGCGUUCUAUCAAUUAGAAUAG